CACAGAAAUCAGACAUCUAUUCAUGUUCGGAAUACAUUCUACAUAAUAUUAUUAAGAUAUAUGGGUAAUAAUGCACUUAAAAGUAAUGAACUUAAUUGAAAUUGUAAUCUGUGUACAAGUAGACAAGUUUACAACUGGUUUUUCAAUAAAAGUAGAUUACAGUAACUAACUACUUUGUAAUCCGACUCCACUUAACACUGUUGUUUAUAUAGAAAACAAUUAAAAAAUGGUGCAGACAGAGGAAAAAAUGCAUUUGGUGUGAACGGCCCCCAAGCAAACCUCUUUUACAUGAUUACAUCUUGGCACUGUAAGUGUCAUAUUACUCAUAGGUCUUUUAACUAAUGUGACUCUAUUGUAUAUAUAUACAUCAUUUUCUCUACAGACUUUAAAAUAGAAAUGAUGAACAUAUUGCAGAUGCAUAUAUAUUUAAAGCCCAUGUAAAGGUCUUAAUAUAAAGAAUGACAUAUUAAGAAAAGAUCUCUAAAAAUCACACAUUAACAUAAUAAAGUCAUGCAGAACUAUAGAUUUUUCCAAAUUUAAAGGCGCUCUAUGCAGGAAGAUAUCAUUGAUAUACUGUAGGUUCCAUGAAAUAUUCCACCUGCCACUGGGUCCCUUAGUGUAGUAGACUUUUCUUAUGUGACAUUAUAGGAAUAAAUUGUCUUAAGUUGAAUUUCAGUCCCUUGAGGUCGACUCCCGUCUAUUUAAACACCCUUAAAACGGCACCGGUGUCCUCCAUUCACCGAAGACGCAUUAAAAUGCUCCAGUUCAAUCGAACCGUUCCUCUUUCAGUUGAUUUUACUCAUCCAGAAGAUUAUUUGAUAUUUAUUUUUCAUAUCCUAUUCGCCACAAGCUCGGCUCUCCUGGCUGGUUCUGUGGUCAUCGGCAUCGUGGGCACCAGGGCCCUGCGCUCCCAGAACCGCUUCAUCUUCAUGUUAAACACCAGCAUCAGUGACACUUUAACCGGCUGCUCUGUCUUCUAUCUCGGCCUGUUCGAUGUCCAGGAGGGCUAUCCGUCCCGAAACGGCACCUAUUACAUUUUACCGUCAUUCCUAGGGGUGAAUGUGUUGACGUUUCUAUUCGCGCAAUUUGACAGAUACCUGGCAGUGUGUCAUCCGUUCUUCUACAAGCGUUACAUCACGCGUGGGGUUGUGAUCGGCGUCUGUGUGCUUUGUUGGGGUUAUACAUACUCAAUUCUGACUGUUCAAAGUGUUGUGCCCGUCGCGUUCGCCGCUCAAAUGAACGCGUUUGGAGUCAUAGUCCUACAGGUGAUCGUGGCCGUCAAAGUUUUGAUGACUAUCAAACUGUACAUGAUCGCCCGACAUCAGCUCAGCCGAGAGGCGCCCAGCAGCGAGAAGGACAGCAAGAAAGAAUCGUUGCGUAUUAUCGUUUUCGUGGUCAUUUGUUUUCUCACCUUGUGGGCUCCGUCUUUUGUGAACAUCUCGGUGAGAUAUGUGACCAAAGGCGGGUUGAGGUUCAGAAAUGAAGCCACGAAUCUGUUCGCGAUCAUGGCCCGACUGAACGCGCUCAGCACGCCGGCGCUGUACGUUUGGGGAAGUCCAUCUUUACGCGCGGCGGUCUGGAACCGCGUGUGGAGCAAAAUACUCCAGAGAAGAAAAACAAGGGUGAACUCUGGCCAUGUGAAACCCAUGAAGGGAGAAGAGAGAAUUCUCAGCAUCACAUAUCAGAGAAACUUGAACACCAAAGACUCUUAAUUUGUCUGCCUUAUGAAACCAUGAGAUUAUAAGACAUUUGAACAGAGUUGUCAGGAGAAAAAAAAGUUUGACUGCUGAUCUCUUGGAUGCCAAAUGUCAUACAUGGGAUUAUUUUCUCAUACUGGCUCAAUUUAUUUAAUAUGAUAAGCCUCAUCAUGUCUUACCUGGAUUCACUAAAUCUCUUUUUCAAUUAAGGAUGAACUUAAAAAAAAGCACAAGUCUUAUUUUUAUGAAGUGACUGCGUUUCGAAUAAGGAUGAUUAAGGGUGUGGCCGUUGUAUAUUUAUAUAGGAAACAAAACUAUUUUUAAGUAAAAUAAUUUAAGUAAUGUAGCAUAAAUUAUUAAGAGGUAUGAAAACCAUACCAUUUUGGCAAAUUAGCUAGGAAAAGGGCAACAAGGAGCACUUACCUCUCUUUCAUCGGUUCAAUUACAAAUAUCGACGUUUCUUAAUGAAUACAAUGUGACAUUA